AGCUGCUUAUUCUAUCCAUCUCCUGCUGCUCCUCUGUGACAAGACAGGCAUCAACUCUUAUGAAGCUCUUGGGGAGAGAGCGUUCAACAGACCUGGCAAGAUUCUCGUGGCCUGUACUAUUCUCAUUCAGAACAUUGGAGUACCAUGUCCACCUACUUGUUUAUCUUGAAGUCUGAAAUGCCUGCUGCCAUCACCGGCUUCAUGAGCACAGAGAUUUCUGGAAAGUGGUUUGAGGAUGGCGUUACACUAUUGAUUUUAGUGACUCUAAUCGUAGUGUUGCCAUUGGCUCUACUUCCUAAGAUUGGGUUCCUGGGAUACACCAGCAGUCUCGCAUUCAUCUUCAUGCUGUUCUUUACUGUAGUGGUGGUGGUGAAAAAAUGGUCCAUUCCCUGCCCUCUGCCAGUUAACUCUACUGUGAGCCUGAGCUUAAAUACCUCUGAAUGCACCCCACAGAUGUUUGUGAUCUCUAGUAAGAGUGCUUAUGCCGUCCCAACAAUGGCUUUCUCCUUCCUGUGUCAUACGGCAGUUUUACCUAUUUACUGCGAGUUACACCGACCCACCAAGCAGAGAAUGCAGAGUGUGGCAAAUGUCAGCAUCUUUCUUAGUUUUGUGGUGUAUCUGAUCUCUGCCCUGUUUGGAUACCUCACUUUCUAUACACAUGUGGAAUCUGAGCUGUUGCUAGGAUAUGACACCUACCUACCGCGGGAUGUUGUGGUGAUGGUAGUGCGUCUUGCGAUUUUAUUGGCCGUUCUGUUCACUGUGCCGCUCAUCCACUUCCCAGCACGUAAAUCGCUGUUGAUGUUAUGCAGGGGAGAGAGGGAGUUCUCCUGGCUCUCUCAUUCGCUUUCCUGUUUUUUCGUCCUCACUCUUGUGCUGCUGCUCGCUAUUUUCAUCCCUGACAUUAGGAAUGUCUUUGGUGUGGUGGGUUCUACGACCUCCACAUGUUUGCUGUUUGUGUAUCCUGGAAUGUUUUUUUUUGAGAAUCAGCUCCGAGCCAAUCAGAUCUCUCAAUUCAGCAGGGGCAGUGUUUCUGAUGGUGAUUGGUCUGGUUGUGGGUUUGCUGAGCCUAUGUGUCAUCAUUGUCUCCUGGGUUCAAGGUCCUUGACCUUUGACAUCAUUAUUGUGGGAUGUAUUGCAGAAGUUGUGAGCUCAACUCAUCCUCCCCUGAAGAGAAAGCUUAUUUUACAGGUGACACGCCAGGCAGAGACUCUUUUCUGAACCAAAUUAAGGGAAUACCAAUGAGAUGAGCCUGUGGUCUUAUGACAAAUCUCAUGUCCUCAUAGCAAUAGCACUUUAUGACACUUGAAUACUGAACAGAGGCACAAUCAAAUUCAGAAUAUCCAGCAGGGCACUAAAAUGCAUAUUAUGUGUGAGUGACAGAAGAGUUUGACUAUCUUUGAACCAGAUGGUGGCUGUCAUCCAUAGAAAAACACUUGGGACCAAUGAAUGAAGGAACUACACUACCGAUUUUACAGUAACUGAAUGUGGGAUAUUAGUUUUAUACAGAUGUUUAAUGAAUUGGAAAAGCUGCUUGUCUGACUCAAAAAAAAAAAAAAAAAAAAAAAAAAAAA